AUGGCGGACCGCUUCCCAUCAUUGGAUGACUUCUCUGCGGGUCAAACCGAAGUCGUCGAUACCAACGGAGGAUCCGACCAGGACGAUUUCCUGGCCCGCGAACGUGCUGUGCUCGGAGAAGAUGCGGAACAAUUUGCCACUGCCCAAGACCACGUCGCAGACAAUGUAGACACGGGUGAUGAUCUGUUGGGUGGUGCGGAAGAUACCCUGGCUGGGAGCGGUGCUGGAGAGGACAUCGCAGGAUUUCAAUCUUCGUUCCCCGCUAUCGAAACACAGAACGAGCAAGUUGCACCUGGCGGCACAAUCACCGGAACUGGCGCGCCCUUCCCUCCGACCGGUUAUUCGAGCUACAAAGAGCCAGAGGCAGAACCAGAACCCAUUAGGGAAUGGCGUGAGAGACGAGACGCAGAUGUUGCUCGUCGCGCAGAGAUUUCGAGUGAGAAGAAGGAAGCGACUGUCAAGAAGGCCCAAGAGGACAUUGACGACUUCUACGUCUCCUACAACAACAAAACCGACAAGCUCCGAGGUCAGACUGCCGCUGACGCCGAACAAUUCCUCGCCAACCGGGAAGACACCUCUGCUGGCGGCACUAGCUGGGAGCGUAUCGCAAAAUUGGUCGAUGUGUCUGGAAAGGGGACCAAGGGUGGCGCCAGCGGUUCUGGCAAGGAACGCUUCCGCCAGCUGUUGCUCGAUUUGAAGAAGGACCAGAAUGCACCUGGUGUCAGUGGAGUCUAG